UAGUAGUCCUGAGGAUCUGGACGAUGUCUCAGAUGCAGACUUCAAGCUCCAGCUAAGAAUCUCAAAGAGAAAACUGGACAUGGCAGUGGAAACAGCAGUAUUUUCAUUUGCUUUCUCAUCCAUACUUUCACUCACUUACACUCACUCACAUUCGCCUCAAAUUAAACUCAUUUGAUUACACACACUCGCUCACUCUUGCUUUCUUGUUUUCACUCACGAAAGUAUGGAGUACUGAGAGAGUUUUCCACUACGUUUUCGAUUUUUUACGCCAAAAAAAAUUAUGUCAGUCGGUCUUAACACUCACACGAACACGCUUACACUCACCAACAUUCACUUUCGCUCACUCUCACUUACACUCCAUAACACUCACUCACUCUCACUCAUGGGCGUGGUAGUGGGGGAAAAAGUUGUCUGACUACUCAGGGCCCUAGUAGGGAGAGGGGCCCAUGAAACUCCAGAUACUUGUGUACUGGCAUGGAUAGGGGCCCACUGACAUUGAGAGUAUACAGGGCCCAGAAUUUGCUGCUACGCCCCUGCUCUCGCUUACACUCGCUCACUCACACUCACCUACACUCGAUUACACUUGCUCACUCUUGCUUACACUCACGCUUGCUUACACACAAUUACACUUGCUUACUCUCGCUUACACUUACACUCGCUUAGGCUCUGAUACACUCGCUUCACUAAUACACGCUGACAAUCACAUUUAACUAACACUAACUCUCCUAAACUCAUUCACUUCUAAGCUGUGUCUCCACAGUCUCCCAAAAGACUCCGGCAGAGAACAGCGAGUCAGUCGGCCAGCAGCUCCGGUACAUCCCGGCCCGACACGCCCACAACCCCCCUCGCAACCGAGACGCGGCGGGGGGGAAGGAGCCAGAGGAGGGAGUGGGGGAGGAGCCAGUCUGCUGCGGGACACCUGUAUGAGUCUGUACGCUCAGGACGCAGCGCCAUCGUGGUGCACUGUUUCAGAUGGUGGUUGAUGACUGGCUGGAUGACUAUAAGCAGGACCGGGAGGAGGGACUUCGGGAGCUCUUUAAUUUUGUUGUUCAGUGCUGCGGCUGCAAAGGUUUGAUGACCAGGGAGAUGUUCACCAGUAUGCAGAAUGCUGAUAUUAUCAGUCACCUGACUAAAGAGUUUAACGAGGACUCAGUGAGUUACCCUGUGGUAGCAGGAGGUUCUUUGGGCCGUCGGUUUCGAGAGGGUUUGUGCGAGUUUGUGUCCCAGCUAGUGCGGCGCUGCCAAAACAGUCUUCUGUACGACGAGUUCCUGUUUUCCUCUCUGGUGGCUUUUCUCACUGGUCUUGCCGACUCGCAGGUCCGAGCUUUCAGACACACCAGCACGCUCCUCGCGAUGCGUCUGAUGUCUGCAGUAGUGAAGGUGGCUGCAGUGGUCUACGCUCAGGUUCAAGUAACACACAGACGCUUUCAGCUGGAGAAAACCAAGAGCAGUCAUCAGCAGGCUACCGAGAGACUGGAGGAGCUGCAGAACUCCUACAACGAGCUGCUGGAGCAUCAGGAGGAACUGGAUUCUCUGAUGAACGCCAUUUUUAAGGGUGUGUUUGUGCAUCGGUACCGAGACAAAGUUCCGGAGAUCCGAGCUCUCUGCGUGGCCGAGAUGAGGGAGUGGCUCAGAGAAAACCCUGGUGCUUUCCUCAAUGAUGGCUACCUCAAGUACCUGGGCUGGAUGCUGCAUGACAAGCAGCCCGGUGUGCGUGUGCAGGCUGUGUUGUCGCUACAGAAACUUUAUGAAGAGCAGGAUUUUAUCGGCCGCCUCGAACUUUUCACCAGCCGCUUUAAGGAGAGGUUGUUGAACAUGGUGUUGGACAGGGAUUCUGAUGUAGCAGAGGAGACGGUCCGACUGCUGCUGCUCAUCAGACAGAACAUGGACGAUGGUUUGAGUGAAGAGGAGUGUAGUCGUGUGUAUCCGCUGGUUUUUUCAGCACACAGAGGACUGGCCUCUGUAACUGGAGAGUUCCUUUAUUAUGUUCACUCUGUGUGUGUGUGUGUGUUUAGGUUGUCUGCUGAGGUAAAUCGCUUGUCUGAAGGAAAAAAAGAAAAUCGCAGUGUGACUUUCCUAAACUUGCUCACAUCCUUCUUUAUUCAGAGCAAGUAUCAUGAGCAUGCUGCAUACCUGGUGGACAGUCUUUGGAGUGUGGCAGGGGCGGAGCUAAGAGACUGGGAGACGAUGACAUCACUGUUACUGCAGGCGAGAGGAGAGCGACGGGGGCUGGAUGAUGAUGAAGAGGCUGCUCUGAUAGAGAUCAUGAUAAGUGCAGUCAGACAGGCAGCAGAAGCCACGCCCCCUGCAUCGCGGUUAACUGUGAAGAAGAGUGUGAGUAAUAAAAGCAGGAAGAUCCAGAAUCAGGAGAGGAAACGCAUCACACACCACUUCAUACCCCUGCUGCCCCCCCUGCUGGCCAAGUACUCUGCUGAUGUGGAGAAGGUUAGGUGUUUGUUGACGGCGCCGCUGCAUUUUGAUCUGGAAGCAUACGGCAGCACUGGCCGCCUGGAGAAGUGUUUGGACCUGCUGCUCUCUGAGGUGUGUGAGGUUGUGAAGAAGCAUAAUGAGCAGCGGGUUCUGGAGGCGUGUGUUCGGGUUCUGUACGUGCUGUGUUCGGAGCGCUACACCUUCUGCACCCGUGCUGAGAAAGCCGUUAGCCAGCUACUGGAUGCAACAAUCGAGAGGUUUACCGCACACUUCUCCGACAUCCUGCAGGGUUCGGCAGAUGAGGAUGAUGUGUACAGUGCUGCCACCUCCCUGAAGAGGCUGGCGAUCUUCAGCAGUUCUCGAGAUCUGACCGAGAGGAACCUGUUCCAGCCCUGCUUCAUCCUGCUGAAGACUGGAGUAGAAACCCGAGAGAUACACACAGAGUUGAUGUUGUCCGCUCUCAGGUGUGCCAUGUUCCAGCUGCUCUGGGAGAAGAUGAAGAUCUCAGACAACACUGUUCAGACAGCCAGGGCUGGUUUGAGGAAGCUGGAAAAAAUGGUUGGCUCUUUCUGCGCUGUGUGUCAGAGUUGCCUCCCUUUGGAUCAGAGUGACGUCCGAGACCAGGCGUUUGAGUGUUUGUGUGAUGUGUUGGUGAUGUUCGGAGGGGCGGAGCCUCAGAGUGUGAGCUUUUCUGCAGAUGAGACUCUCAGGGCUGAUAUGGCUUCCUUCCUCCUGGACUACAUUUUUACCGAGGAUGAUGAUGAUGAUGAUGAAGGAGAGGAUGAGGAGGAGAUGAUGAAGCUCGGUGCUCUAAGACGUAGACGGAACCAGCUAGCCGGAUAUUGCAAACUAAUCCUGUACGGCGUGUUCGACCUCAGGGCCGCUACCGACGUGUUAAAAUACUACAACAAGUUUUACAGAGAUUUUGGGGACAUAAUAAAGGAAACACUGAGCAAAUCGAAGGUGAUCAGUGCAGUGGAGAGCGCCAGGACCGUCUGCCUCAGCCUGCAGCAGAUGUUUUCGUCAUUAGGAGAGGAGGACCAGGCUGAGGAGAUGAGGGAUAUUAGAAAUCUGGCAAAGAGACUUGCUAUGAGUUUUGGUAUCAACCUGCAGCUCAUCCGCAAACCCCUCCUCACCCUGCACCAGGAUGGUAUCCAGUUUGCUGUUCGGAGAGCUGAUGAUGAUGAUGAAGGUUCUAAUCUGAGAUUUCUGGAGAUUCUCAGUGAAUUCAGCUUCAAACUCGUCCUACAGGAUCGUACCCAACUGUUAAAUUAUCUGCGGAGUGUGUGUGGUGGUGUGAGCAGCAGCAGUGUGAUGAUGUACGAGCGCUCCCUUCGAUUGGGAUCCAGAAAUACAGCGCCUCGCUCGCCCAACCAAACACCUGCCAAGAAGCGCCGCCGGACAGAGCGGUCAGUCAACAGUUUGGAUAAUCCCAUCCUCACCUCCACAGUCCAGCCUGACAGAGCUGCACACACACGCCGCCGCACUCGCUCUCCCUCGGGCUCCUACAGCUCGGACCAGCUGUCAGGAGACGAUUUCCUACAAAGGUCAGUAGAGAGGAAGGUGCUGACCCACAGUUCUGAACACAGUGAGGUUCAGUCACAGAUCAGCGCGCUUUCCCUGAUUGAGGAGGACUUGGAGGAGGAGAUUGUGGACUAUGAUGAUGAAGAUUUUGAGAUGUCCGUGUCUCUGCCGUCCACUCGUCACUCCACAAGUUUCCUGGAGGACCUGUUUGAGUGAUGAUUCUGCAGAGGUUCUGACUGGAUUUCCUGGAUGUUCUGGAUGAAUUUGUGUAAUUCUGGUUCUGGUUUGUUGGUUCUAUUCUGCUCUUGGUCUGGUUAUUAAACUCCUGCUGUACCGGUUCCUCUGUGAUUCUCUGUUUAACUCCUGAUUUCAGUGGAUCAGUUCUUGUUCUGCACAGAGAAUAAAAACAUUUUGGGAACAUU